CUGUACGUUGAAAGGUCAGAGAAAUGUCAUUUGUAUUCGGUGGAAAACCAUGAGGUGGGCACUAGGGCCCAGCCCACGUUUUGUCAGUCACUGUAAGUUUAUAAUGUCAUUGUCGUUCUGUAUGUCUGGAAUGUCAGAUGUGGUGGGUGGGUAGAUGGAAGAUAAAAUAGGAUAAAUAAUAGAACGGUAUUUAGCAGGUUGUAAAAAUUCUUUAGUGAAUGAAACAGUGUUAUCAACAUAGUCAAUGAGGUGAAGGUUGAAGUAAGGUCUCGAUUGUUCUUGAUGUAGUAAAGGAAGUGGAUGAAGCUGUUUGUUGUAAGGAUGGAAACGGCGAAAUGACUUUGUGGUGUUUGAUGCUUUGA